AAAGAAGAAUUCACUCAUUGAGUGAGUAAGCAACCAAGUUUGUGUUCCUAUUUUGUUUUAAAACUUUAAAGUUACGUUUAAUUAAAUAUUAUUUUUAACUGGAUUACUCACUCUAGGAAAAUCCAUUUUGCAUAUUAAUUUGACAAGUUUGACAUUCGCAUGAUUAUGUUAUAUGCAUUGUGUGUGUAAUUUUCGUCCUCUUUUUAUCAAUGUGUAAAUGUGUUUGCUUUCUUAUUUUCUCUAGUGAUUAUUGAUAAAUACUUAAUAACUGGCAGAAAUUCGGUUUACUGUUGGAAAGGAGAAAAGCUGAAACAGCCAGAAUCGACGCCGGUGGUCUGGUUGGUAGGCUAACUUUAGUUGUAGUUAGUGGUUAACUUUAGUUGUUGGAUGCUGUAAAGUUUACAAGAUUUAUUAAACAAAAAAAUGAACAGACUGAGGAAUUAGAUCUGAUAGAAGUUUAAUUGAACGUUGAGAAUGAGAAUGGAUGAGGAUUGAACCGUGCUUCAACGGAAUUAAGAGGUUCAACGAUGGCAGUAACUAGGUGGGUCCUGUCCUUGUUGGCGAUACUUGCUCCGACCGUCGUGGCCGUGCAAGAAUUGGAACACAAUGUCGCAACUCGUGUCGGAAAUGGGAUGGGAUUCGUCAUCAGUGAGAACAGUAAUUGCUACCAAAAGGUGAAAGGAACAUGUCAGCCCUUGCAGCCAUCGACUUUGUUCUGCUUUGGAGUUCAGCUUCCUUACACCAUGACCAGCCCUGAACUGGUCAAUGAAAACUUUACUCAGCAACAGUUACAUAGUGAGAUGAUGCGUUGGGAAGGUCUCCGUAGUUCACCAAAAUGCUGGGCAGUCAUUCAACCGCUCUUAUGUUCAUACUAUUUUCCAAAAUGCCAAGAUGGAUUCAUCGAAUUGCCGCCUCUGGACCGAUGCAGGAUAGCAAGAAAUCCAUGUCGCGUUAUUGAACAAGCCACAAAACAAUGGCCCGAAUUUUUACAAUGCAAUGAUACCUUGUUAUUUCCUCCGCGUCCACCAGGCUCGAAUUGCAAGUAUGAACUUCGGGAAAGUUUAAAUAAAUUUAACACUUCUGCCAAGUGUAUGGACCCAAUGAUGGAAGUGGAAAACACUUUUAAUCAUUACGAAGGGUUUGAUGGUUGUGCACUCAAGUGCGAAGAUCCAUACUUCAGCAAAGAAGAUCAUACCAGAGCUUCAACGGUGAUAUGGUACUUUGGCGUCGCUGCACUUCUUUCUAAUGGAUGGGUCGUGUUGACGUACAUUAUUGGAGGAAUGUCAUCUUCCCAGUAUCCCCAAUACCCAUCUGCCAUUGUCCUGUACGCAAAUGCUUGGUAUUUCAUAGCCUCUGUUGGCUGGUUAUUUCAGUAUUUACCUCUGGGGAAGGAAGAUAUAGUGUGCCGCAAGGAUGGCACUGUACGAAGGAACGAAAUCACGGGAACAGAAAAUAUUUUUUGUGGAUUGGUUUCAUCAUGGAUUUAUUUUAGCAUAAUGUCAGUCCUUGCGUGGUUAAUGGUGUUUUCAUACGUUUGGUACUUGACUUGCAGCGCAGUUGGCCGGAUUCGAAGCAAAGUGGAUAAGCAGCGAGCUUACUUUAUUGUUUGGACAAUUGCAUUUCCCACGAUCCUCACUGUAGUUUGCCUAUCAGUGGGAAAGAUUGACGGGAGCAGUAUGUACGGAAUCUGUUUCGUUGGAUUUUAUGACCCAACGUCUAGAAUUCUCCUCGUUUUUAUUCCAAUUGGGUUUGCAUGUGCUCUAAUUUUGUUUUACAUAUUCCGUGGAACGCAUUGCUUAUUUAGCGUUUCACUAUCUUCGUCGGACUUUAUUUCUGCAGAAGGAAAUGCUGAAAUUAAAUCUAAUGCAGUUCGAGCAACCAUAUUCUCCCUUUUGACAAUUGUGCUACUGGGCACUGGAUUUUAUGUGCAAAUUAAUUCAAUUCGUAGCCAACCUACUUUCGACAAUUCUCUGCGAGAAUCUUUUUUGUGCAAAAUGAAUUUGACUGUCGUGGCAGAAUGUGGGACACCUGAAAAGCCCAGCGUCUAUCUCGUCCUAGAAAAUGUGAUUGUAUUCUUUUGUGGGGGAUUGCUGGUCUCUUCAUGGGCUUGGACUUCGUCUUCUAUCAAUAUUUGGAAACAUAGCAUUAAAACAUUUUGCAAGUCUCAUGAUCAGGAGGGUCACCGGUCUCACAUGCCGAAACACGAGUUAAUCACUAAAGCUUAUGCGAAGCGUGGAGAACUUGCGAAAGGGAGAUUAAGUCUGAGUUUAUAUAGCAUGGCCCAAGAAGACCCCAUUGGUUUAAACCGACUACUGGACCCCAACAAUCUCUGCCGCAACGCAGAUGAAGAACAAUCUCAGCAGUUUAGUCAAGGAACUGGCGAUGGACGGGAAAUUAGUAGCGAAUGGGCUGCUGCAAUUCCUCAAUUCCUAAAUCGGAGAGGCGCCAUCGUUGUUCCUCCAUCCUCUAAUUCCGUGUCCUAUGUUUCUGAAGACUCCCGACGACCUUCGUGCGAUUCCGCAAUGUCGGAGCAGAUUGCUGCCAAAUACUUACAGGGCUCUCAUGGUGGACUCGAUCGCAAGGCUAGCAAACGAGAGAGAUUUAGAAUGGACCGACAUCACAGAGCAGGAAGAUUUUUUAACUACUGGAAAAGAAAAGGGUCCAACAGAGGCAGCUCCACAUCGUUGGAGAGCAAUCCAGGAUCUCAAAUCCUCCCAGCUAUAACAAAACUAAUUGACAAAAGGGAACAAAUGGGCGACGACAAUCUAUUUCUACCAAACAAUCAAGCUACACGGCUGAAUCAGCCAAAAGUCUUACGUGAAUUUGCAAUUCAGACAAGCCUUGAGAAAUUAUGCUCACCCUCAACGAAAGGAAUUAAGCCUUGCAAUCUCAGCAAUAAUCUCUGUGUAGAUAAAGCCACUCAAUAUAGUCUAGUUAACUUAAAUGAAGUAGGGACGCAAACCAAGAAAUCUGCGACAAAGAAGCGAGACAGGAACAAAAAUAAGAAAGAUCAUGCCACCGGAGGCGACGGUGACGGAACGACACAAGGAAAUUCAACCCAAACAGGCACGGAUGACGCCGUCCUCAAACUUUUGACUCCAAAUUGACAACUCUUAAAUUUGCGCUUAUUUUCUUACUAACUUGUACAUUUCGUCACGUGGCCGCCCAUAAAUUAUGUCACGCGAAAGGGGGGGGGGUCUAAAAAAAUUUGCGUGGCAUAAUUUAUAGAUAUACGGAUGUAUUUAAUUUCCGUUCACUCGUCCUGUGUUCAAAAAGACGAAUCAACACUCAUCAACGCAUUUUACUUAUUCUAUAAGUCUACUUUGAAAAUUUUUACUGAAAUUAACCGAGAUCUAACAUAUAUGCAUGUAACCUGCCAUGAUAAGAUAUAUACAUACAACCUUGCCAUAAUUUAAAUACGGAAAGCAGUCGAGACUGAUAUUAUUGUAUCUCAACUAUUUUAUAUUUAGUUAGCAUACUACAAAACUUUAAGUCUAAGGACUUCAAAUUUAUGAAUAAUGUGUAAUUAUAAAAGCCACCUGUGCCUAAGUGCAUAAUUGUACAUUAAAGCUUUGUCUGAAGAUUGAUUAUUUUGAUAAGAGGUUGACAAACGCCACCAAAAUUUCAUACAUUAUACAAUGCAAUAAAAGUAAUUUUAUUACAAAAAAAUUAUUGUAUCUAGCAUCACCAACAUCAAACGACAACGAAUAAUAAUUAUCAUUGACUAGUUUAUUAGUAUUGCUGUUGCUGCAUAAAAACUGAAUUGAUAAAACUUUAUUGUAAAUUAUUA